CGCGCUGCCCUGACGAUGCCGCCCGCCGCGCCCGCCCGCCUGGCGCUCGCCCUGGGCCUGGGCCUGUGGCUCGGGUCGCUGGCGGGGGGCCCCGGGCGCGGCUGCGGCCCGUGCGCGCCCCCCUGCCUGUGCGGCCCAGCGCCUGGCGCCGGCUGCCUCGCCAACUGCUCGGGCCGCGGGCUGGGCUCGCUCGGGCCCGCGCUGCGCAUCCCCGCCGCCGCCGCCGCGCUGGACGUCUCCCACAACCUGCUCCGGGCACUGGACGCGGGGCUGCUGGCCAACCUCUCGGCACUGACAGAGCUGGACAUCAGCCACAACAGGAUCGCGACGCUACCGGAAGGGAUAUUUGCUAAUUUAUUUAACUUAAGUGAAAUACGCCUGGGCGGGAACCCACUGGAGUGCGACUGUGCACUGGCCUGGCUGCCGCGCUGGCUGGCGGAGCGGGGCGUGCGCGUGCUGCAGCCCGAAGCGGCCACCUGUGCUGGCCCCGGCCCCCUGGCCGGACAACCAUUCCUGGACCUCCCGUGGCUGGACAGCGUGUGUGGUGAGGAGUAUGUCGCCUGCCUCCCGGACAACGGCUCGGACACCAUGGCCAUGGCGGCCUUCUCUGCUGAGGGUGGCGGCCCGCUGGCCCCUGAGGCCUGUGGGGCCAUAUGCUUUGCCGCAGGCCAGGACCUGGCUGCCUUCUCCAAGCAGGGCCAAUGCCUGUGUGGGUCCACUCGGCGCCUCAACGCCUCUGCGGCCUGCCUGGCCGUGUGCUCUGGGCCCCCAAGCCCGGGGCCGACCUGUGGGGGCCCCACCCUUGUGCAGCAGCCCUUCCCCGCCUCCCCUGGGGCCGCCCUAUUGGGGCCCCCCGGAGCCCUGGCCUCGGGCCAGCCUGCCGACUUCCACGUCACGGCCCCGCUGCCCAUCUCGGCCGCACAUUGGGUCUUUGGGGACGGCAGCCCUGAGGUGGGCAUGGCCGGGCCCAAUGCCACCCACUGCUACAUGCUACCAGGGCGCUACCAGGUGUCAGUGCAGCUGGCCCUGGGGGUAGGGGUGGUGCGGCUGGCCACCGAGGUGCAGGUGGAUGCAGUGCCCAGCGCUCUGGAACUGGAGUGUGUGCCCACCGUGCGCAGUGGGGAGUCCCUCGAGCUGCGUGUCCGGAACCGCGGUGGCACCGGGCUGGAGGUCACCUACAGCAUCUUGUCCAUGAGCGAGCAGCCGGCCCGAGUGGUGCAUCCAUUCUGCCCCCCUGACACCGUCAUCUUCCCCGACAACGGGCACUGCUACCGCCUGGUCGCCACCAAGGCCCCGUGGCAGCAGGCACAGGAGCUCUGUCACACCUGGGCUGGUGCUGCUUUGGCCACUGUGGACAGCAGUGCCGUCCAGGACUUCCUGGUCUCCCAGGUCACGAGGAGCCUGGAUGUUUGGAUCAGCCUCUCUGCAGUGGGCGGGGUGGGGCGGGGGUCCGAAGAGCAGCCCUUCAGCCUGGAGAGCUGUCAGAACUGGCUGCCCGGGGAGCCGCACCCCGCCUCCGCCCAGCACUGCGUGCGCCUCGGGCCCGCUGGCCAGUGCAACACGGACCUGUGCUCAGCGCCACACAGCUAUGUGUGUGAGCUGCAGCCCACAGGCCUCGUGCAAGACGCAGAGACCCUCCUCCUGGGAGCCCCUAGUGGGCAGCUACAGGGACCCCUGAAUCCGCUGACCCCACAGGAGACCCUCACAGCCCCCCAGGAUCUUGUUGAGGUAAUGCUCUUUCCUCACCUGGACCUGGGCCUGCGCCGUGGUGCCUUCCUCACCGCAGCUCAGCUGGGUACCCAGGAGCUCGGCCGGCCUGUCCAACUGCGGCUGCAGGUGUUCCGGCCCAUGGGGGCUGCAGGAAACAGCAGUGAGCCCGGCAGCGGGGCAGAGCUGGGCCCUACAUGUGCGCCUGAGGGAGGCCAGUGCCCCGGUGCCUGCCACACCAGGACCUGUGCCAAUGGGUCCCAGCCAGGACCGGGAUUCCCGGGGGCCUCCUGCGCACUGUGGACAGAGCUAUUUCUCUCUGUGCCAGCCGGGCCCCCCGCUCAGUACUCGGUGACCUUUCGGAACCAGGUUGGCCCCCUGCUCCCUGGUGACCUCCUGGUCCUUCAGCAUGAUGCCGGUCUAGGAACCUUCCUGCACUGUCCCCUGGAAUCUGGCCCGCCGGGCACCCAGGUCCCUUACUUCUCUGCCAAUGCCUCGGACUGGCUUGCCCACCUGCCCAACCAGCUGGAGGCGGCCCCAGCUGGCUCUGUCUGCGCCCUGCGGCUGCUUGCGGCCACAGAACGGCUGACCCCACUGCUGGGUGCUAGCCCCAACCCCGGGCUCCUGCGUCCUGGGCGCUAUGAGGUCCAGGCCACUGUAAGCAAUGGCGUGUCUCGGCACAACCUGACCUGCGGCUUUGACGUGCUGUCCCCAGUGGCCGGGCUGCGGCUGGUCCAUCCCACCCCCCAGGACGGCCGCCUCUAUGUCCCCACCAAUGGCUCAGCUUUGGUGCUGCAGAUAGACGCAGGCAUCAAUGCCACGGCCACAGCGCACUGGCCUGGGGGCAACGUGACUGCACCCUUCGAGGCCCCAUGCCCAGCCACUGCUGCCGCUCUGGUGCCCAGCUGUGCCCUUGAGACCAACUCGACCCUGUACUCGGUGCUGCGGCUGCCUGGACUCAGCGUGGGCGAGCAUGCCCUGGAGGUGCUGGUGGAGAGCGGCAUGGGCAGCAAGGCCCUGAGCCUGCGCUUGUGGGCCGAGGAGCCCGUGUUGGGCCUCCGUGCCACACCCAGCCCUGAGGCCCGCGUGCUACAGGGCGUACUGGUGAGGUACAGCCCCACGGUGGAGGCCGGCUCCGAUGUGAUCUUCCGCUGGACCAUUGACGACAAACAAUCCUUGACGUUCCACAAUGUGGUCUUCAAUGUCAUCUACCAGAGUGCUGCGGUCUUCAAGCUCUCGCUGACGGCCUCCAACCAUGUGAGCAACGUCACUGUGCACUACAACGUCACUGUGGAGCGCAUGCACAGGAUGCAGGACCUGUGGGUGUGGGCCGAGCCGGCCGUGCUGCCCCCCAACGCCUCUCUGGCCCUGGGAGCGCGUGUGCUGGUGGACUCGGCCGUGGAGGUGGCCUUUGUGUGGACCUUUGGGGACGGGGAGCAGGUGAUCGGCCAGUUUAAACCUCCGUACAAUGAGUCGUGCCAUGUCCCGGACCCCGCGGUGGCCCAGGUGCUGCUGGAACACAACAUCUCACACUCUUAUGCAACCCCAGGUGAGUACAACCUGACGCUUCUGGUGACCAACUCCUUCGAGAACCUGACACAGCAGCUGCCUGUGAGUGUGCGUGCUGCCCUGAGUGCCGUGGCCGUGGCCGUGAGCAGCACGGUCCUGGUGGCGGGCCGGCCUGCCACCUUCUCACCACAUCCCCUGCCCUUGCCCGGGGGCGUCCACUACACGUGGGACUUUGGGGACGGCUCCCCACCUCUGACACAGCUGCAGCCGGAGGCCAACCACACGUUCCUGUCACGCGGUGUGUACCACGUUCGUCUGGAGGUCAGCAACGGGAUCAGCCACGAGGUGGCUUGGGCUGAGCUCCGCGUGUAUGAAGCGCUGCGCGGCCUGCGUGUGCACGCGAGCCCAGUGGUGGAGCAGGGUGCGCCUGCCCUGGUCAGCGCCAGCCUGCAGUCGGGCGACGCCGUCACAUGGACCUUCGACAUGGGGGAUGGCACGGUGCUGUCGGGCCCCCAGGCCACCGUGGAGCACGUGUACCUGCGGGCACAGAACUGCACGGUGACCGUGGCCGCGUCCAGCCCCGCCGGCCGCCUCACCCACAGCCUGCCCCUGCAUGUGUUCGUGCUGGAGGUGCUGCGCAUCGAGCCCACGGCCUGCAUCCCCACGCAGCCCUGCGCCCAGCUCACGGCCCACGUCACGGGGGACCCUGCCCACUACGUCUUCGACUGGACCUUCGGGGACGGCUCAUCCAAUAGCACGGUGAGGGGGAGCCCUUCGGUGACCCACAACUUCACCCGCAGUGGCAUCUUCCCGCUGACGCUGGUGCUGUCCAGCCGCGUGAACAAGGCACACUACUUCACGCGCGUGUGCGUGGAGCCUGAGCUGGCCAAUGUCACCCUGCGGCUGAAGAGGCAGUUCGUGCGGCUUGGGGAUGAGGCCCAGCUGGAGGCCCAGGCCUGGCCGCCCUUCCCUUACCGCUUCACCUGGGACUUCGGCGCCGCCAACACCCCCAGCCGUGUGGGGGGCCCUGAGGCCACGUUCACCUACCCAGCCCCUGGCUCCUACCUGGUGACGGUCACUGUGUCCAACAAUGUGUCAGUGGCCAACGACUCGGUGCUCGUGGAGGUGCAGGAACCUGUGCAGCUCACUGGGAUCCAGGUCAACGGCUCCCACGUGCUGCAGCUGCAGUGCCCCUACCUGCUGUCGGCCGUGGGCCGGGGGCGCCCCGCCACCUACCUGUGGCAGCUGGGGGAUGGCGCGCAGCUCGAGGGCCCCUCCGUCGUCCAUUCCUACCACAGCACUGGUCGCUUCACCGUCCACGUGGCUGGCUGGAACGCGGUGAGCCGGGCCGAGGCCAGCCUCAACGUCACGGUGCAGGCGCCUGUGCGGGGCCUCCGCGUGAACGCCAGCCGCACGGUCGCGCCCCUGAACGGCAGCGUCAGCUUCAGCACCACCCUGGAGGCGGGCAGCGACGUGCGCUACUCGUGGGUGCUGUGCGACCGCUGCACACCCAUCCCCGGGGGCCCCACCAUCUCCUACACCUUCCGCUCUGUGGGCACCUUCAAUGUCAUUGUCACCGCCGAGAAUGAGGUAGGCAGCGCCCAGGACAGCAUCUUUGUCUCGGUGCUGCAGCCCAUCGAGGGCCUGCAGGUGGCAGGCGGUGGAGGCUGCGUGCCUACGAACCACACGCUACAGCUGCACGCGGUGGUGGCCGAGGGCACCAACAUCUCCUACAGCUGGACGGCCCAGCGCCCUGGGGCCCCCACCCUGGCCGGCAGCGGCAGGAUCUUCUCGCUGACAGUGUUGGAGCCGGGCACCUACCACGUGCAGCUGUGUGCCACCAACCUGCUGGGCAGCACCUCCACCAACUGCACCGUGGACUUCAUGGAGCCCGUGGGGCGGCUGGCUGUGUCCGCCUCCCCCAACCCAGCAGCGCUCAACCAGACUGUGGCCCUGUCUGCCACACUGGCCAGGGGCAGCAGUGUCCUCUACACCUGGGACCUGGAGGACGGGCCGAGCUGGGGGACCGCAGGCCCGUCCACCACCUGUGCCUUCACUUCCCCAGGCCUACACCAGGUCACAGUCACGGCUCAGAACCGGCUGGGCUCUGCCAAUGCCACCAUGCUGGUGGCGGUGCAGGUCCCUGUGGGUGGUCUCCGUCUCGGGGCCAGUGAGCCAGAUGGUGGCUUCGUGGCUGCCGGCUCCAGCGUGUCCUUUUGGGGCCAGCUGGCCUCGGGCACCAAUGUGACCUGGUGCUGGGCCAUGCCAGGGGGCAGCCAGUACGGCCAGCGUGUUACCAUGCUCUUCCCUAAUGCUGGGAUGGUCUCUGUCCGGCUCAAUGCCUCGAAUGCCGUCAGCUGGGCCUUGGCCGAGCACAGCCUCACAGUGGAGGAGCCUGUGGUGGGUCUUGUGCUGUGGGCGAGUCGCAAGGUGGCCGAGCCCGGGCAGCUUGUCCACUUCCAGGCCCUGCUGGCGGCCGGCUCUGCUGUCAGCUACCGCCUGCAGGUUGGCGGGGCCAGCCCUGAGUUGCUACCCGGGCCCCACUUCUCACGCAGCUUCCGCCAUGCUGGGGACUACGUGGUGAGCGUGCAGGCGGAGAACCAUGUGAGCCGGGUGCAGGCGCAGGUCCGCGUCUCCGUGCUGGAGGCCGUGACUGGCCUGCAGGUGCCCGACUGCUGCGAGGCCGGCAUAGCCACGGGCACGGAGCGGAACUUCACAGCCCGGGUGCAGCAGGGCUCGCGGGUGGCUUACGCCUGGUACUUCUCGCUGCAGAAGGUCCAGGGGGACUCGCUGGUGAUCCUGUCGGGCCGGGAGGUCACCUACACGCCGGUGGCCGCGGGGCUGCUGGAGAUCCAGGUGCGGGCCUUCAACGAGCUGGGCGGCGUGAACUGCACACUGCACGUGGAGGUGCAGGACGUCAUCCAGCAGGUGGCCCUGCAUAAUGGCCGCUGCUUCACCAACCGCUCUGCCCGCUUCGAGGCCAGCACCAGCCCUGGGCCCUGGCACGUGGCCUACCACUGGGACUUCGGGGAUGGGGCGCCGGUGCAGGACACGGAGGUGCCCUGGGCCGAGCACACCUACCUCCGGCCCGGGGACUACCGCGUGCAGGUGAACGCCUCCAACCUGGUGAGCUUCUUUGUGGCGCAGGCGGCAGUCACGGUGUAUGUGCUGGCCUGCCGAGAGCCCGAGGUGGAUGUGGCCUUGCCACCGCAGGUGCUCAUGCGGCGUUCCCAGCGCAACUACCUGGAGGCCCACGUCGACCUGCGGGGCUGUGUCACCUACCAGACUGAGUACCACUGGCAGGUCUUCCGUGCUGCCCACUGCCAGCGGCCCCGGGGUACCGCCCAGAUGGCCCUGCCUGGUGUGGACACCAACCGGCCCCAGCUGGUGGUGCCACGGCUAGCCUUGCCCGUAGGCCACUACUGCUUUGUGUUCAUGGUGUCAUUCGGGGACACACCCCUGGCACGGAGCAUCCAGGCCAACGUGACGGUUGUGGCUGAGCGCCUGGUGCCCAUCAUUGAGGGUGGCUCCUACCGCAUCUGGUCCGACACCCACGACCUUCUGCUGGAUGGGAGCAAAUCCUACGACCCCAACCUGGAGGACGGGGACCAGACGCCCCUAAGCUUCCACUGGGCCUGUGUGGCCUCGACUCAGAGCAGCGCUGGCGGGUGUGCCCUGAGCUUCGGGCCCCGUGGGAGCAGUGUGGUGCGGGUGCCACGGGAGCGGCUGCGGCCUGGGGUGGAGUACACCUUCAACCUGACGGUGUGGAAAGCGGGCCGCAAGGAGGAGGCCACCACACAGACGGUGCUGAUCCAAAGCGGCCAGGUGCCCAUCGUGUCCCUGGAGUGUGUGUCCUGCAAGGCGCAGGCCGUGUACGCCGUCAGUCGUAGCUCCUACGUGUACCUGGAGGGCCGUUGUGACAGCUGCAGUGGGGGCCCUAAGCGAGGGCGCUGGGCUGCCCGCACCUUCAGUAACAAGACAUUGGUCCUGGAUGAGAGCAGCACAUCCACGGGCAGCUCAGAGCUGCGGCUGGUGGUGCGCCGGGGAGCACUGCGGGACGGUGAGGGCUAUGUCUUCACGCUCACGGUGCUGGACCAGACGGGGGAGGCCGAGGGCUGCGCCUCCAUCCGCCUGGCAGCCAACCGCCCUCCACAAGGGGGUUCCUGCCGCCUCUUCCCGCUGGAGGCUGUGCGCGCCCUCACCACCGAGGUGCACUUCGAAUGCACAGGCUGGCAGGAUGCCGAAGACGCCAGCGCCCCCCUGGUGUACGCUCUGCUGCAGCGGCGCUGCCGUGAGGGCCACUGCGAGGAGUUCUGCAUCUACAAGGGCAGCCUGGCCACUUACGGGGCUGUGCUGCCUCCUGGCUUUGCGCCGCGCUUCCUGGUGGGCCUGGCCGUGGUGGUGCAGGACCAGCUUGGCGCCGCUGUGGUCGCUCUCAACAGGUCUCUGGUCAUCACCCUGCCAGAGCCCCCCAACACCGGGCUCGGCGUGCCCCUGGGCCUGACCCCCUGGCUGCACAGCUUGGCCAAGGACAUGCUGCCUGGGCUGCUGAGGCAGGCAGAUCCCCAGCACGUCAUCGAAUUUUCGCUGGCCCUUGUCACCGUGCUCAACGAGCACGAGCGGAGCCCGGUGGCAGCGAUGGAACCAGAGCAUGAGCAGCAGCUCCGGGCCCAGAUCCGUGGGAAUGUCACCGAGAUGCUGGUGUCCCUGCGGGUGGACACUGUGGACGACACCCAGCAGAUCGCGGCCGCCUUGGCCCAGUGCACGGUGUCCGGUCUGGGCCUCGUGUGCCGCUCGUGCCUGAGGAAGACACUGCAGAAGCUGGAGGCCAUGAUGAGCGUGCUGCAGGCCGAGACAGACGCAGGCACGGGCACGCCUACGGCCAUCGCUGACAGCAUCCUCAACAUCACAGGCGACCUCAUCCACCUGGCCAGCCUGGAGGCACAGGCCCCCCAGUCCCCGGAGCCGGGCCCCACGCCACCCUCGCCAUCGCUGAUGCUGGCAUCCCACGCCUACCGCCUGUCCUCAGCGCUCAUGCGCAUUCUCAUGCGCUCCCGCGUGCUCAAUGAGGAGCCGUUGACCCUGGCGGGCACUGAGAUUGUGGCCCAGGGCAAGCUCUCGGACCCGCGGAGCCUGCUGUGCUGUGGCGCUGCCCCAGGCCCCGGCUGCCACUUCUCUAUCCCCGCGGCCUUCAGCGGUGCCCUGGCCAACCUCAGCGAUGUGGUGCAGCUCAUCCUGCUUGUGGACUCCAAUCCCUUCCCUUUCGGCUUCAUCAGCAACUACACGGUCUCCACCAAGGUGGCGUCAAUGGCCUUCCAGACACGGGCCGGGGCCCGCAUCCCCAUCGGGCAGCUGGCCUCGGAGCGUGCCAUCGUGGUGAAGGUGCCCAGUACCUCAGACCAGGCUGCCCGCAGCCAGCACAACUCCGCUGUGUCCGCUAUUGUGCCACCUGGGGCCUCGGUCGGUGCCAUGGUCACCCCCGAGAACAGCAGCCCAGAGGCUGGGCUGCAUCUGCGCCUCACCUACGAGCUGCUGAACGAGCUCUACCUGCCCGAGGAGCCGGAACCCUACCUAGCCGCAUACCUGCACUCGGCACCGGGCCCCAAUGAGCACAACUGCUCGGCCCACAGGCGGAUCAGUCUGGAGGCGCUGCGGGGUGAGGACCACCGGCCUUACACCUUCUUCAUGGCACCCGGGACCCGGGUUCCCGGCGAGAGCUACUACCUGAACCUAACCAGCCAUUUCCGCCACUCGGCACUGCGGGUGUCACUGAGCCUGUACGCGUCAUUGUGCCAGUACUUCAGUGAGGAGAUGAUGAUGUGGAGGACGGAGGGCCUCGUGCCUCUGGAGGAGACGUCGCCCAGCCAGGCCGUCUGCCUCACCCGGCACCUCACGGCCUUCGGCGCCAGCCUCCUCGUGCCCCCGAGCCGUGUGCACUUCUCCUUCCCGGAGCCGCCCUCAGCCACCAGCUACGUGGUCCUGCUGACAUGUGCCGUGUGCCUGGCCACCUAUGCUGUCAUGGCGGCCAUCCUACGCCGGCUGGACCAGCUGGACGUCCGCCGGGUCCGCGUCACCCCAUUCUGCGGGCAGGGGGGGCGCUUUAAGUACGAGAUCCUGGUGAAGACCGGCUGGGGUCGUGGCUCAGGGACCACCGCGCACGUGGGCAUCAUGCUGUACGGCGCCGACAGCCGCAGUGGGCACCGGCACCUGGACGGGGACAGGGCCUUUCACCGCAACAGUCUGGAUAUCUUCCAGAUCGCCACCCCACACAGCCUGGGCAGCCUGUGGAAGAUCCGCGUGUGGCAUGACAACAAAGGGCUCAGCCCCUCCUGGUUCCUGCAGCACGUCAUUGUCCGGGACCUGCAGAGCGCCCGCAGCACCUUCUUCCUAGUCAAUGAUUGGCUCUCGGUGGACGCCGAGGCCAACGGGGGUCUGGUGGAGAAGGAGGUGCUGGCAGCAAGUGACGCCGCCCUGCGCCGCUUUCGUCGUCUGCUGGUGGCCGAGCUGCAGCGUGGCCUUUGUGACAGGCACAUCUGGCUCUCCCUGUGGGACCGGCCAGCACGGAGCCGGUUCACACGCGUGCAGCGGGCCACCUGCUGUGUCCUGCUGCUCUGCCUCUUCCUGGGCGCCAACGCCGUGUGGUAUGGUGCCAUAGGUGACACUGCGUACAGUGCCCGGCCUGUGUCCAGCCUGACCCCACUCGGCGCGGAGACUGUGGCCGUGGGCCUGCUGUCCAGUGUGGUCGUCUACCCAGCCUACCUGCUCAUUCUCUUCCUCUUCCGGAUGUCCCGCAGCAAGGUGGCAGGGGGCCCGCGUCCCCUCCCUGCGGGUCAGCAAGUCCUGGAUGUGGACAGCUACCUGGACUCGCCAGUGGUGGACACCUCCUUCCUUGCGCUCCCGGGGCUCCGGGCAGAGGCCUUUGCUACACAGACAAGAGGCAGCUUCUUCCUGGAUGACUCUAAGAGCGUGGUAUGCUGGCCAGACCUGCUCAGAAGCCCGUCCACUGUGGGUAGCAGCCUGCCACAGCCAGCCCGGGGCCCCGCCUCCGAAGGCCUGGCCCUGACAGGCCCCCCCUUCCCUGCAAAGUACUUCUCAGCCUCAGAUGAAGACUCAAGCUGGCAGAGCCUGACAGAGCCUCGGGAUGCCCAUGGAGACUCAAACCUGCUCCCUGGCCUGUGCUGUGCGCCUGGGGCCCCAGCGGAGCCCGAGGACCUGCCGCAGCCCGGCCCGACCCUGGUACAGUCCCUGCCUCCUCAGACAGGGCCAGCUGAGGGUCUGCGGAAGCGCCUGCUGCCCGCCUGGUGUGCGCCCCUGGCCCACGGGCUCAGCCUGGUCCUGGUGGCCGUGGCUGUGGCCGUGUCGGGGUGGCUGGGCGCCGGCUUCCCAGCCCACGUGAGCCUCAUGUGGCUGUUGUCGAGCAGCUGCAGCUUCCUGGCCUCGUUUCUGGGCUGGGAGCCCCUUAAGGUCCUGCUGGAGGCUCUGUACUUCUCCCUGAUCGCCAAGCGGCUGCACCCUGACGAGGACGACACGCUGGUGGAGAGCCCGGCGGUAACCCCCGUGAAUGAGCGGGUGCCCCGCGUGCGGCCCCCACAUGGCUUUGCGCUCUUCCUGGCAAAGGAGGAGGCCCGGAAGGUCAAGAGGCUGCACCGGAUGCUGAGGAGCCUCCUGGUGUACAUGCUCUUCCUGCUGGUGGCUCUGCUUGCCAACUAUGGAGAUGCUGCCAGCCACAGCCAUGCCUUCCGCCUGCAGAGCGCCAUCAAGCAGGAGCUGGAUAGCCGUGCCUUCCUGGCCAUCACCAGGUCCCAGGACUUCUGGCCGUGGAUGUCCCAGGUGCUGCUUCCCUUCGUCCAUGGGAACCAGAGCAGCCCGGAGCUGGGACCCCUGCGUCUCCGACAGGUGCGGCUGCAGGAAGCCCUCUGUCCACACCCCCUGGGCCUAGGGACAGGCUCCUGCUCAGCGCCUAGCGGGGGCUUCAGCACCGGGGACUAUGGCCUUGGCUGGAGGGACGCUGCCCCCAACAGCUCUGAGACCUGGGGCUAUUCCCCACCCGAUCUGCUGGGUGUGUGGUACUGGGGCCACUGUGCAGUGUACGACAGUGGGGGUUACGUCCAGGAGCUGGGCCCCGGCCUGCAGGAGAGCCUCGCACGCCUGCGCUUCCUGCAGCUCCACAACUGGAUCGACAACAGGAGCCAAGCGGUGUUUGUGGAGCUCACGCGCUACAGCCCGGCCGUGGGGCUGCACGCUGCUGUCACGCUGCGCCUCGAGUUCCCGGCGGCUGGGCGAGCCUUGACUGCCCUCAGCAUCCGCCCUUUUGCACUGCGGCGUCUGAGCUCGGGCCUGUCCCUGCCUCUGCUCACCUCGGUGGUCUUGCUGCUGUUCGCGCUCUACUUCUCCGUGGCCGAGGCGCGCGCCUGGCGCAGGGAGGGCCGCACGCGCUGGGCGAGGCCGGUGGCCUGGGCGCGGUGGCUGCUGGUGGCGCUCACGGCCACUACGGCGCUGGUGCGCCUGGCCCAACUGGGCGCCGCUGACCGCCAGUGGACCCGCUUCCUGCGCCUGCGGCCGCGCCGCUUCACCAGCUUCGACCAGGUGGCGCAGCUGAGCGCCUCGGCCCGCGGCCUGGCCGCCUCGCUGCUCUUCCUCAUCUUGGUCAAGGCGGCCCAGCAGCUACGCUUCGUGCGCCAGUGGUCGGUGUUUGGCAAGACGCUGUGCCGGGCGCUGCCCGAGCUGGCAGGGGCGGCCCUGGGCCUGGUGGUGCUGGCCGCGGCCUACACGCAGCUGUCCGUCCUGCUGGUGUCGUCCUGCGUGGACUCGCUGCGGAGCGCGGCGCGCGCCCUGCUGGUGCUGUGCCCCGGCGCCGGCGCCCCCGCGCUGUGCCCCUCUGAGCCCUGGCGCCUCUGCCCGCUGCUGUGCGCCGGGCUCUGGGCGCUGCGUGCGUGGGGCGGCCUGCGGCUGGGCGCCGUGCUCCUGCGCUGGCGCUACCGCGCGCUCCGCGGGGACCUCUACCGCCCGGCGUGGGAGCCGCAGGACUACGAGAUGGUGGAGCUCUUCCUGCGGCGGCUGCGCCUCUGGAUGGGCUUCAGCAAGGUCAAGGAGUUCCGCCACAGGGUCCGCUUCGAGGGGGUGGAGCCGCUGCCCUCGCGCUCUUCCAGGGGCUCCAAGCUGUCCCAGGACGAGCCUCUGGCCAGCGGGGGCUCGGACGCCUCAUGCCCCUCCACGGCCUCCAGCCAGCUGGACGGACUGAGCGCAGGCCUGGGUCGGCUGGGAGCCCGUGGGGAGCCUGAGCCCUCCUGCGUCCAGGCUGUGUUCGAGGCCCUGCUGGCUCAGUUUGACCGCCUCAACCAGGCCACAGAGGACGUGUACCGGCUGGAACAGCAGCUGCAGGGCCUGCAGGGGCGCAGGGCUGCGGCCUCCCCUCCGGGCCUGCGGCCGGCUCUCCCCAGCCGGCUGCCCUCGGGCCUCAGCAAGGCCUCCUUCUGGGCCAAGAACAAGGUCCACCCCAGCAGCACCUAGGCCCCGGGCCCACCACUCAGUAUUAGCUUCUGCCGCCCGCAGAGCCGCUGCACACAGCCUGAGCGCGCCUGUGGGCCUCAGCACUUUAGGGGCCACGCGGCCAGCAAGGCCAGGGCCCCACCCAGCAGUAUUGCACUCAGGGCCCAGCCUCUGAGACGCUAAUUUAUUUCCUGAGUCCUCAGGUCCAGUGGGCUGUGCCCACUCCUCCUCCUGGGCAGACCCCUCCUCGCUAAGGAUCCAAGCCCCAGGGAGGGACCCUGCACCCCUCCCCCCUAAAUUAUUACCUCCUGUGCCCCUGCUGAGUGCCCGCACCUCCAGCUGUCUGUGUGUCUCUGAUCUGUAGGGGAAAGGUGUGUGUUUCUCAUCGGUGGCUGCUGCCAGGGGACCCCUGGGCAUCACCUCGGGCAGGUGCUGAGGGCCAGUGGGGAGUCGGAGCAGUCACCCCAGAGGCCUGCUGGUGUCAGGCCGCACCAGGACGGGGCAGAGCCCUCGGGGCUGGCUCCCGGGAGCCCACAAU